GCGCUUGGGAGCCCAAGACAGUGGUACACACAGGAGCGACGCCCCGAGGUGUACAACCACCACCAAGCCUGGCGGUGGGCCCUGCUCCUCCCCUCCGGUCAUCCCCUGCCCGCUCCCCACACCUCGCCCGCCGCGCUUCUCCCCUCCAUUUCCAUCACCGACGUGUCGAGACGCAAGGGCGAGUCGAGGCUAGGGUUCUUCCCACCGCAGGGACGGAGGCGGCGACUCAUGGCGCGGCGCGGGCGCGUGGAGCUGCGGCGGAUCGAGGACAAGGCGAGCCGGCAGGUGCGCUUCUCCAAGCGCCGCUCGGGCCUGUUCAAAAAGGCCUUCGAGCUCGCGCUCCUCUGCGACGCCGAGGUCGCGCUCCUCGUCUUCUCCCCCGCCGGCAAGCUCUAUGAGUACUCCUCCACCAGCAUAGAAGGUACAUAUGAACGAUAUCAGCGAUUUGCGGGAACAGGAAGAAAUGUGAAUGCAGGAGACCGAAAUAACAACGAUAGCCAGGAUGCUGCUGCUUCAGACUUGCAAACCAGGCUUAAGGAGAUCGCAACAUGGUCUGAACAAAACAAUGCUAACGAGUCAGAUGCCAACGAACUAGAGAAACUGGAGAAACUGCUGACAAAUGCUUUGAGGGAUACCACAACCAAAAAGAUGUUGACGAAACAAAAUAAUGGUGGUGCUGGUGGAAGUACAAGCAGCCAGAACAGCAGUGGACCUAGGAGACAGGAUUAAGGAGUGGCUCCCAGCAAAUCAGCACAGAGCAAAGGCGCCCUGACUUCUGUGCUACUGGCAAAUGAAAUGGGGUGUGCGUCUGUUGCUACCAGCAUCUCCUACUAUCGCUGGGUAGCUGAGAUAUGUUGAGGUCGCUCGCUGCUGGCAAGGUGUGCCGGGAAGGGAAUUUCAAUAACAGGAUUCGCAAAUGGUUGCGGCCUUGCCAAACCUGACCUUAUGUUGUACCAUGCGAUUCCUAGAAUUGUGCUUGCCGAGUGAUUUUUUUACUGGUUGUGGGCUUAUGUAACCUUGCGAUGUUUGCUUGGAUCUGUCAAAUAUGCAGUGACCCUCAAGGAACCGUGGUUUCAUGCUCCUUGUCUCCUGUGAUAGCAGGUGGUUAGCAACGUUUGGUUAGCAGGCCUGGCUGUGAGUUGGGCUACUUUGAUGUUGCCGUCGAAUCCAACAUCUAGACCAGGUUCUUUU